AUGGCCAAACGCCGCAGCGCACGGGCAAGCUCAUCCAGUGCCCCGUACGACCUAACAAGACUUGAGAACUGGACUGUGUCUAAGUUACGGGAGGAACUGAAUAAGAACAAUAUAUCCUUUCGUCAAUCGGACAAAAAGAGUGUCUUGGUCAAAAAAGUUAAAGAACUUCUCAGUGGCAGUGAUAAUGUUUCAUCGGAGGAUCGCCCUGUGGAAUUGAGCUCGGGCUCGAGUUCCUCUUCAAACAACCAAGAUGGCGGCACCAAAAACUUGGAAACACUUCUACAAUCGAUCUCAACACUUACUAAUACAGUCACGAAGUUGAAGGAGGGGCUUAGGAUUGUUUCCAACAAAGUGAAUUCAAAUCCCUCUACAAUAUCAGCUGCGGCGGGGAAUCCAGUUCAGCUCCCGGCUCCAGAACGGACACAAACUGCGGACGAAGGAUACACGCUACAGUCAGCGCUAAAGAGUCCAAGUCCAUGGCAGAGCAAUGAGGAUGGAUCAUUUCCGUCGUAUUGCCCCACAAGCGGACCCUCUGCCGAAACCAUGCCCAGAAUAUUCGAACCUCAUCUUGAUCUAAAGAAGCAUGCUGAACGUUUAGUUAAUGCCUCCAUUGAGCCUAGCACAGCAGCAACCUACAGAGCGGGAUUAGAAUGUUUUAAAAAAUUUCUUGUUAUGUCUCGCGUGUGUCUAGCUUUAGGUAAACUGCCUGUCAUAAAUGAAGAUAUACUUGUAUAUCUUGUUACACAUUGUCAACUUCAUUUGAAAUUAAGGCACGAAACAAUCAAAACUUACCUCGCAGGUAUACGUUUUUUCUAUCUGAAAGAGGGCCAAUGCCUUAUGUUUAAAGACUUUGAGAGAGUUCACUGUGUUCUGCGAGGUGUUAAAAAGCAACAAUGCAACAGCAUAUCGAAAAGAUUACCUAUCACUUUCUCAAUUUUGUUUCAAAUAUGUAAUUGUCUUGACAAAGGUGUUUUUUCACCCUGGUUAGAUCUCAUGUUGAGUUGUAUGUGUAAAAUGGCUUUCUUUGGCUUUCUGAGAUGUGGAGAAUUUACAACAAAUUUUCAUAAGCAGAAAGAUUAUUUAACCAUACAUGAUGUCACUCUUGCAGAAGAUUAUUCUUUUUAUACCUUGAAACUUAAUUCCUCUAAAACGGAUCCUUUUCGACAGGGGAUUGAUAUAAAGGUGUUUGAAAAUUCUCAUUUAAAGCCAGUUAAAACUAUGAAAACGUAUCUGGAGGGUCGGUUAAAUGUUUGCCACACACAAAACAAUGCUGCUCUAUUUGUUGAUGAUGAAGGUAAUCCAAUGUCUAGAAAUUUUUUCCUACUUCAUGUAAAACAAGUCCUAUCUAGGUUAGGUUUUGAUGAUACUAGGUACUCCGGCCAUUCCUUCAGAAUUGGAGCGGCCACUACAGCAGCUGCUGUUUGUUAUUCAAGAUCAUUUAACAUGCAUUCUCUAGAAUGCAUGUUAAUUCAGUCACUAGGUCGCUGGAAUUCAGACUGUUAUGCAAGAUAUAUUAGAAUCAAUCAAAAUACUAUUCAGUCUGCACAAACAAAAAUGUGCUCAUCUUAAGAUUUUCUGUUCUUCAUUUAUCUUCUUGGGGGCAUUCACUCACAUCAAUUCUUAAUACCCACUUAUAAUAUGAUGUUCAUUCAUUUUGGCCUGUUUACCCCCAAUUCAGAUCAAUUUUUCUGCAUUAUGUAAUUAAUUAAAUAUAGCUACCCGCUGGUGUCAACCCGGGUCAUUUCAUGUAAACCUGAUGGUGUCAACCCAGGUAUC